CACGUAUUUCUUGAAGUUGUUGGCAGGAAAUUAAUUAUUAAACAUGAGCGUGCUCGAGUAGAACAGGUGGAAGAAACCACACACUCGUUUAGAGCAUGUGGGCGAGAUUAGUUCCCUAACAGACUCCGUGUCCUGCUCUGUGUUGGAACUAACAGAAAUGUCACAGCAGAAAGACGACAAGGCAAACGGCAGUCUUGGUUAUCAGACGAAAAACAAUGAAGAGGUGAAUGGCAUUGUUGAACGUCUUAACACACCAAGAAAGAGAUAUGAACCAAAAAAUCCUGACCGCCGGAGAAAGGUAUGUUUGAAAUUGUAUGUGGCGUUUUUUAAACACUUACUGCAAAAGCAAAGACUUCGGGGAGAUAUUGCGUUUCCUUGCUGUAACAAGAGUGUCAAAAUUAAGAAGUUCUUCGAAUGCAAAGUUAAAGUUCGGUCUAUUGAUCGAAAAUGUAAAACUUAUACAUGAUAAUAUGAGCAAAUUCUGUUACCAUGGAAAUUCUGGAACAUGGAAAUUCUGGAACGUGGAAAUUAUGUUGUGUUAUGUUGUUGCAUGGGUAAAGAGAAUUGAUAAAGUUUUGUUUCACAUUAACUUUCAGGUCGAACCUAAGAUGUCUGAAGCUGAAAUCCAAGAAAUGGUCCAAAGACUCCACUCAUCCAAGGCUCAUCCACGACCGAAAUCAGCGUACGAACAGGGGGGAGUGAUGCUAUCUUAUUGGAAUACCGGGUGGGACCGACCUGGUACUGGUGGGAAAAGAUACUAAACACUACUGGCACUAAACACUGGUACAACAUUAUUCAACGUUUGUAAUGACAUACUUGUUGUAAUAAAUACUCUAUAGCACUUUAAUUGAAUGGGAACUUUUGGGAACUACGGUCGUAGCGUAGCCUGCAAGUCAGCUUAACCUGUUUAAAACGCUACAGCAAACUUUCUAACAACAUUGUAAAUUAAAUGACACAAAGUCAUAGAUAUCUUAUAUACACUAGAUAACGCAUCUCUUUUAGUAAAAUUGAAGCCAAGAAUAUUCCAGCGGUUACCCCAUUUGAAUAGAUGGCGGCCAUGUUGGAGUUUCCCACUCGCUAAUAAACGCUUUAAAAACAACAAUAACUUUCAUCAUUUGAAUAGUUUAAAAAUGUGUUUGGAAUAGUUUAACUUAAUGUUUAAGUUCCCUGUUUAAGAAAUAGAAAACAUACGAGUCUUCUCAUUUCAUGGGAAUAUCCUGAGUCUGCAAUCACGGCUUCAAUUUUUGAACUGCAGAAUAAUUAGAUGCACUAUUUAGUGUAUAUAAGAUAUCUAUGCACAAAGUACCACAAUAGCAUUUCCUUACCUUGUAAACUUGGUACAAUCAAUUAUAAUGUAUUCAUACCUGGCCAAUCUUUCUAAACUUCUGUCAUCUUCUGAACUACCUGGAAACCUACUACAAUAUAAAACAAAACAAACAAAAAAUCCAAAACGAUUGUUCAUUCAAAAUGUUAACUAUGAUUUGAAUUAUUUCAACCGAACAAAAAAUAACAUAUUCAACGCAACAAAUGAAAUGCGAAAAUACGAAAUGCUCUUGGAGUCUUGGCUCAGUUGUACGAAGACCGCAUAGCAACCACCGGAUAGUAAUUUUUCAACCUUUGCUAAAAAUGCACGAAAAGCUUUAAAACUAUGGAUAUGAACACACCAUAAAUAUAACAUGACCUAAGCUUGCAAAUGCUUAAUCCAGGUUGUAAUAACCUGCGAAUAGAACGCUUUAAAAAUGACUAAUGUGGGAUUCCAGUGAAUGUGAAGAGGAACAAUAUACUUAGACGUUUUGAUCGGAGGGAGAUUAGUUACGGGACUAACUUCCAAUCGAAGGGUCUUCUUUGGAAAUUUGAGGUCCUUGUUCUAUUCUUCAGGUAGUUUAGCCCUGUGGUCCCACAAGUAUAUUAAGAAAGUGUAGGGUCCCUGCAUGUCCUUAAUUAUAUGGUUACCCAAGAAUCACGCGUGUGCUUCGAGCACGUGUAAUAAAAUUGGUAGUAAAAUACAUAUCUUUUCUAAUCGUUCUGGUCAAUACGUGAAGGGAAGCGGGAGUAACAAAAUCACUCUACUGUGGAUGUCUGGUCUUCGUACAACCGAGCCUCUACUGUUUAUGGAAACAUAUUAACCAUGGUUGACGCAUAAGUUCCAACAGACUUUCAAGGCGACAUGGUAUGAAAGCCAUACACAUUUAGUACCUCCAGCCAUCUUCAUCAUAAUCAAAGAACGACAAAGCGGGACUGAACAUUCUUCUCAACAAUAACGAGGAUAUCAGCUGAUUUUCUGAAAACAUACUCUCCUCUUGAGGACUGCUUGAACCCUUGUUCCCCAAUUCCUCGAUGGCCGUUUUAGUGAUCGGAUGUCGUGACGCAAGUUUGUAAGAGAAUGGUUCAAAGUCCUCGUCCGCAAUACUCAUGAGGCGUUUAACAACUUCAAGGAAAGACACUAGUGAAGCACCACAGUAAAAUUUUGCAUUCUUAGCUCGAGCUUUACAAUACCCUGCGUUUUCUUGUACCGAUUCUUUGAUAUAUGUGUCCAUAUCUUCGCCUUUUGUUGUUUCAACAAGCCCGGCUAUACAUCUGAAAUUAUACAAACAUAUUUCACACACAGGAGUCGUAUGUAUAAAAUUCCGGUAGUUCCAUCUCUAUCUAUCCCCUAUCUAUUUGCACAACCUACGAUGGCACAAACCCUUCACGAUAAUAAAACUCACAACCAUAUUUUCAUAAUCAAGUCAUGAUAUGGAUCUAUUUGAAGUUUUUAUGUGCUGUAUACAAAGCGGUCUUUACUGACUACAGAGACAUCUCACGGUAUUCAGCUUCGUUUUCAUUUUGUCCCAGCUGUCAUGACCAAGUCAGGAUCACUUGGGUGAAAUAGUAUCUUGCCUUUUGUGUGCUGUAUCUAAAUCAAUCUUCAGAUUACAUAGAUGGAUUAACACUUUGGUUACCCAGUCCUGUAGUAACACUUGGCCACUAAGGCAUGGUCCUUAUUCAGUGGGGGAAGCUAGUCAUGGCAAAUAGUUAUGCUAUACUAGUAAACAAAUUAGUUUAAUUAAUUAAAGACGAUGGAUUUCUAUAGGUUUAAUACAAUUUACAAAUUUGCAUAGCAUGACCAAUUCCUAUAGUUAGCUUCGCCACUGUAGCUCUAAGCAGAACAGUUUAGUCUAAUUAACUGACCUUUUCAAUAGAACAGAUAGACUUGUACACGAAUGACAGAAUUUGUCCACUUUUAAAUCAUCACUCAAUAAAACACGAUCUCGACCAAAUGAUCCAUGUUGUGGAAGAGCAAGAAGACGUGACGACAACU